AUGGAGAAGAUCCGGCAUCAGCCACUUGAUACACUCUGCCGUAUCGUUGUUAAAGACCCGGAGUAUAAGCGCCUCACCAUCACCAAUAAGCUAGAACUGGAUCAGGCAUACCGUGAUUACCAUGUUGCACUAUCUCGGAAACAAAGUGCGCAUCCGCGGUGGAAAUUGCUAUAA